AUGGCUUGGGCAGAGACGGAUAGGUUGAUCCAAGCGCAGGGCUCCGUUUCCCAAGCAGACGUCGAUCCAGUGUCAAGAACCCUUGAAGCUCUUGUUGGGCAGGGCGCACAGCUGGGGCAAGUCUCCCCCGAGAACACCACACAUGACAGUCAUCACCACCCGUCAACUAUUGUUCAACAAGACGUUCUCAAUGAUGUCGGCCCCAAUUUUCUGGCACCACCUGCGGCUUUGUCGCUUAACAAUACGCACCUCUCUCCGCAGGAGCUUACCACGGACGGGCACUUGGUCCGGCCUCUGCUGCCACCAGACGCCAUCUUUUCUCAAGGCGUGGCAGAUCAACUCCCGUCAGACGUGACGUUCAAGCUGAGGAGCCCCGUGAAAUCGCCCUUCUUCUGCCCAGAGUCGCCCAAACCAUCACCUAAGACUAGGCGGCCUGUGGCCGGCACCGUCUCCGCCAUACCCUUUCCACCCCUGACGGCGCCAUGCUUCAGUCUCAUCCAGGAGAAACUUUCGCACGACCCCUUUUGGCUCCUCAUUGCCGUCACAUUCCUGAUCAAAACGGCAGGCACGUUGGCGAUACCAGCCUUUUACAAGUGCGAGGCUACGACAGGCGGGAGGUCCCUGGCGAAGCUGCCACUCGAUGCUACGACGCCGACGAACGACAGAGAGACAAGCGAUGCAUGGGAGAUUGGCCACAUGACGCAGGGAAAGUAUGCACUCGACAGUUGGCGGAUUUUCUGCCGAGACGUGCUGCUCGACCGGGCCCGGGACUGGAACGGCCUCGGAGCGCCACCCGAGUUCCAGCCCGAAUGGAUGAGAGUGCGGCCGGAUGAUAAAGAGCUGCGGGCGUGUCUGCGGUGGAUGUACAUGAAGGAGGGCUGGGAAUGGGAUCCUUCGACGGGCGAGAAGACGGUCCUGCGACCAGAAAUGGAACGAGCCGUCAACGAAAGCCGUGUCGAGUAUGAUGACGCGGGGGGUUUGCGGAUUUUGGAUCGUCCCAGAGACUUGACGUAG